AUGUCCAGCACCAGGCCGCUGAGCAAGGACGGGCGGCGGGCGCUGCUGGAGCAGCUGGCAGCCAAGCGGCAGGGCAAAACCGCCGCCUGUCGGGAGCUGGAGGAUUCAGACGACUCGGAAGAUGAGUCGUUCGCUUCAGCUCGCAGCAAGCAGACAGCCACCGUGCUGGAGUCUGACAGCAGCGAGGAAGAGAACCAGGGGCCCCGGCAUGCAACCAGCAGGCCCGCCAGCACGGCAGGCAGCCGCCUCAUCCGGCUGCGCAAGGCGGGCGCCGUGCCGCUGCUCCCGCCCAAGCAGCAGCAGCACCAGAGCCUGGCUACGACCGCUGCUUUGGAGGAAGACAGCGACGACGACAUCGCGGCGCAGCUAGGAGGGCUGAGCAUCAUGGGAAAGGCAGGCAGCGAACCACAGGCUGGCGGCAGCGGCAGCCUCCCUGCUGCGCCUGCCCCGCCUGCUCGUCCGCGACUCGACCUGGCCCGCUCUCAGCACAGCCAGCCCAGCGCCAGCGCGGAGGCACCGGCAGGGAUGCAGCAGGACAGCAGGUGCCUGGUGCUGGGCGAGCGAGGCGAGUUCGUGCUGAACGCCACGGCCUCCACCAUGCUCUACCCCCACCAGGUGGAGGGCAUCAAGUGGCUGUGGAGCCUGUUCCGCCUCAACCGGGGAGGAAUCCUGGCCGACGACAUGGGCCUGGGCAAGACCAUCCAGUGCGCCGCCUUCCUGGCGGGCCUCAUCCAGGGCCGCCUGAUCCGGAGGGCCAUAGUGGUGGCCCCCAAGACGCUGCUGGCACAGUGGCGCAAGGAGCUGGGCGUGUGCGGGCUGCAGGCGCAGGCGCACGAGUACGGCGGCAGCGCCGGGGAGAGGGAGGCGGCGCUGGAGAGCGUGGUGCGGCGUCGCGGCGUGCUGCUCACCACGUAUGGCAUGGUGCUGCACAAUGCGGAGGUACUGGCGCGGCAUGGCGACCACGACCCCGAUGAUGGGCCGCUGUGGGACGUCAUGAUCUGUGACGAGGGCCACAAGCUGAAAAACCCGCGCAUGCAGCUGCGCAAGGCGCUGGACGAGGUGCCGGCGGUGCUGCGGGUCAUCAUCAGCGGCACCCCCAUACAGAACAACAUGAUGGAGAUGUGGGCCCUGCUCAACUUCUGCGUGCCAGACGUGCUGGGGGAGGCGGCAGACUUCAGGCAAGGAGAGGCGGACAAGUUUGAGAAGGUGAUCACCGUGGGCACCGACAAGCAUGCCACAGAGUAUGAGCGGGAGCGCGGCGCGGUGGCGGCGGCACGCCUGCGCCAGGAGAUUGGGCCCUACAUGCUGCGGCGGGAAAAGAAGGAAGUGUUCAAGCCGGCUGCGGGCGACGGCGCUGCAGCCGCAGCCGCAGGCGGCGCUGGCGAGGGCAGCGGCGGCGCAGCGCAGGCUGCGGCGGGCGGCGGCGGCGGCGGCGGCUCCAAGCCCCACUCCAUGCCCGACAAAAAAGGCCUGAAUGUGUUGCUGAAAGUCAAGCCCAUGCAGCGCCGGGUUUACCCGGGCUUUCUCAACUUCGAUCCUGUAAGGAAGGUGUUCAACCAGACGGCCUCGGCGCUGGCAGCCAUCACAGUGCUCAAGAAGGUGUGCGACCACCCGGCGCUGCUGUCUGACCGCGCGGCCCACGGCAUUGUCUCGGGCGUCAGCCGCGCGCGGCGCCAGGCGGCGGCGCGGCUGGGCGGCGGCGCCAGCGAUGGCGAGGGCAGCGAGUGCGAAGAGAUCGAGGACAGCGAGGAGGGGGAGUGGGAGUCAGACAGCGAGGACUACAGCAGCGAGGAGGAACGGCAGCGCAGCCGGGCCAAGCAGCGGCAGAAGGCCAAGCGGGCCGCCGCCGCCGCCAGGGCCGCCCCGGCGGCCGCGGUGGGGGCUGAGGGGGAGGAGGAGUGGAGCCUGUGGGCUAGCGCCGACAUCGAGCAGCGGCUGCUGGAGGAGGUGCACACCACAGGCUUUGCCGCCUCCUGCAAGACUGUGUUUGUGAUGGCGCUGCUGAAGAACCUGGUAGGGGAGGGGCACCGCACCCUCAUCUUCUCCCAGUCCCGAGUCAUGCUCAACAUUCUGGAGUCAGCCAUCAAGGAGGAGCAGUGGCGGUACUGCCGCAUAGAUGGGUCUGUUGCCAGCGCAGCAGAGCGCGAGGCGCGCGUGCGCCAGUUCCAGACCUCCCACACCAUCCCCAUCUUCUUGCUCACCUCUCAAGUGGGCGGACUGGGGCUGACGCUGACGGCGGCGGACCGAGUGAUCAUCCUGGACCCUGCAUGGAACCCGUCCACAGACAACCAGAGCGUGGACCGGGCGUACCGCAUCGGUCAGAAGCGGGACGUGGUUGUGUACCGCCUCAUCUCCUGCGGUACGGUGGAGGAGAAUAUUUAUCGCAGACAGGACCUGCGAGAUCUGUUCCGCCUGGAGCCCUCGGAGUGUGAGGCGUCGCAGACGCAGCGUGAGCUUCACGACAGGCACGCCCACCAGCGGCGCGAGUCCCCCGACCUCACCCGCCACCUCGCCUUCCUGCGCACCCUCGACUGCUACGCGGGCGUGAGCGACCACGACCUCCUCUUUUCCAUCAAGGAAAGGGAGGCGCCGCCAGCUUCGGGCAUCACGCGCCCAGCCGCCACGCCGCCUCGCGUCGGCAGCGCUGCCGCAGCGCCCGGCGCCGGCUCUGCACGCAAACAGGGCCCCGGCCGCCCUGUGUUUGGAAAGACUGCGGCCCAGGGGUGGAGCGGAGGCAACGAGCUGUCUGAUCUGUUCGCCAAGGCAGUGACCAUCAGCGGCGGCGGCGGCAGCGCGGCGGUGGCGGCGGCGGCGCAGCCGCCAGGCAGCAGCAAGCCCAGCCCGCCCGCCCCGGCGGCGCCCUCGCCCAAAAUCUCUGCUGCGGAGCGCAUUGAGGAGCUGGAGGGUUUGCUGCUGCGCAAGCGCCACCUGCUCACUCUGUCCAGCGGGCUGGCAGACGGCGGCGCGCGGGUGCGCUCCCAGAUUGCUGAGCUGGAGCAGGAGCUAGCAGCAGUGAAGGCGCCGGCGUCCAGCUCUGGCGGCAGCGCCGCUAUCAUUGCCAGCAGCGGCAGCGGCGCCGCUGUGGCGGCGCCAGCACGCCACCAGCGGCAGCGCCGGGGAGCAAGCCUGCCGCCAGUCCUCUGUUCACUCGCAUGCGCGAUAUGCUGUGGGGCGGCGGCAGCAGCAAGAAGCUGGAAGCGCCUGGCGGCGACGAAGCUGCCGCUGCCGGCAGCAACAGACCAGCACUCUUCGCAGGCAGCGCUGGGGGUGCAGCAGCAGGAGCAGCAGCAGCAGCAGCAGGUGAUGUGGGGAAGAAAGCGCACCAGGCUUCCAACGUUAUCGACUUGUCCUUAG